GUGUGUGUAUGAUCAUUUGAGCCCCAUGGUUAUUUGAGAAUAAUGUAUGAUAAAUUCCAAUGUUGCCCUUUUUUAACAGCAGUCUACUACAAGGCUGUCACAAAGACAGUUUGUCCCCAUUUAUUUUGCUCAAUAUAAAAAAAAAGGACAGAAAAAUCUAUGUUGACCCAGAGAGCCAUUAGUUGAAAACUUGGCAGACAGUUGAUCUGCAGAAGGACAAUGCAUAUUUCAGUUUUUUCACUUAAUUUUUAUAAGUUAGAAAGAUGUGAUGCUUUUCUUCUGCUUUAGAUGCUUUAAAAUAGUUGUAGUAUUUCAGGCCAUCUUGGACAACACUGCAUGUUUUCCAAUUAUUUUUCUAAGAAAAUAAAAUUAGAUCAUUAAGUGACAUCUGAUCAUGUAUUUUAAAGCGACUGUUUUAAUUGUGAAAUUUUCUAGGACACUUCUGCCUGUAUCUCUCAAGUGCAUGAGUACUGAGUGGGCUGGUCCGAAAUAAAUCUUUCAAAACCCCUAAAGCCAAGUGGCUCCCACUAUCUAUAAUGUAAUGGUUCUCCAUGUUUCCAAAUGCUAAAAUCCUAUCCCAUGUCAAAAGUUUUAAAUAUGAGCGUGACUCCACAAUUUGGAAAACUUACCAGCAGAUGAAACCUGCUCGACCUGCCGACUGCCUCCUCAUUAUGAAUUCUCUUCAUUUACAUUUUUAAACUAAUCAGUUUCUAUUCAGCUGAGAUCAAUUCUGCAUUGUGUUGGUUUUGAUAUUUGAACCUUCUAGUGCAAAUAAAAGCCUUUAAAUGAAUGAGUUGCCAGGCCCAGUAGAAUAAGCUAAAAUUUCAGAAUUUUAGCUUAUUCAGUGGAGGGGGGAAAAUCCCACAUUGAGAAAUAUUUGUUGAACCCACCACCUUGUGUCCAAUAGUGUACCAGUUCUUCUUCUAAUAGAUUUCACAAUUUUGGAAAAGUCUGGAAUGGAUUUCUGACAAUUACUAUUUGGACGAUCUAGAGAGAUUCUGCAGAUUCCUGCAUCUUUCCUCAUGUUGUCUUCUCAGGUUUUCUUAGAACAUGAAAGAGGUUUCAAUUUGAUUCUGAUUAACAGUUUGUGUUUUUGAUUUCACCAUUUGUUUUGGAUCAUUAUCCUGCCAAAAGACUCAGUUAUGACCAGUUUUCUGAUAGAGAUUAAUUUUAAAUCCCUCCCUUGCUGUGUGACCUUUUCUGCAUCUUUUCAGUCACACAGAAAAAUACUCCCUUUUAAGGUUUUGGACUUUCCCUGCAACUCUGUUGCAACUUCAUGGCCUUGAAAAGUGACUGUGCAGGAACAUUCCAUUAUUUACACAAUAAGUAAUGAUUAGAUCACAGGAUUUGACCCCUUAAAUGACAGUAAUUUGCAAGUGACCAUUACUGGAACAGUCUAGUUGAUCCUUAACUGGAAUACCGCACGAUGAAGUUCUGUGUUGCUGCUUUUCUCUUCCUGGCAUUCUUCUGCCGCAGUGGUUUUUCCUGUCCGGCUUUGUGCAAAUGCUACCCCACAAGUAUGGAGGUCGUUUGUAAUGAAGUUCCUCUGACAGAGUAUCCAUCAGCGGGUCUUCCAGAGAACACCACCAUGCUGACAAUUCAGCUGACAAACAUCACCUCCAUCUCAGAACACCACCUCAAAGCAACGCCGCUUCUGAAAGAGCUCCAUCUGUAUGGGAACCAGCUUCAGAGCCUCUCGUCUCAUUUACUCAGAGGCGUUCCUCAGCUACAUACGUUGGAUCUGACCGGAAACGAGCUGAGUGAUAUGCCUGUAGACGUCUUCGGCGAUGCUCCACUUCGAAACUUGGUUCUAAAGAACAAUCAGAUUAAGCGGGCAGAUCCAAAGUGGCUUCCUCAUAACAGCAGCCUGACCUGGUUGGACUUCUCUGAAAAUCAUCUAACAGAGAUCCCAGUUGGUUUGUUUCAGAGGCUCCCUCACCUAGAGAAUAUUGACUUGUCCAACAACCGCCUGGAAAAGAUGCCACCAAACUCCUUGGACCAUCUGACUAAACUUGAGAGGCUAAACCUGCAAAACAACACGCUUGAGACUUUGCAUGCAUCUGUUUUCCAGUUCACACCCAACCUCACUUCUCUGUUUCUCUCUCAAAACAAGCUCACCAAACUCCCACAGAACCUCCUCCAGGGACUCACCAGACUCACACAUCUCAGUCUGGAUGACAACCAGCUCAGUCGCAUCCCCAAAGGUUUCCUUGACUCGCUGAGCUCCCUUGAGGAAGGCGGACUGGACCUGUCUGGCAACCCAUUACUUUGUGACAGGGAAGUAGAGUACCUGUGGCGGUGGCUUCAGAGGAACAACAAGAAGGUUUUGUUGGCAGACAACAUCACUUGUGCUUUGCCUGAGUCUCUCACAGGGCGCUCAGUAAUUUCCCUUACAGAAAACGAUCUGAACAUCGGGUCUUGUUUCGCAGCAGAGAUGAAGCUGUUGCUCCUGGUCACUUUCAUUGCACUAGCUGAAUUUGACUUCAAAAGCAGAAGUGCUCACUCGUGUCCGGAUCGUUGCUCAUGCGCUUUUCAGCCUUCAGCUGCAGAGGUGGUGUGCAGCAAAGGUGGCCUCACAAUUUUUCCCAGAACUGGUAUUCCUACCAACACCACACUAUUAUCCAUCCAAAACACUCACCUCAGCAGCAUCACUGCCGGCGAUCUCGGCGCUGUGCCGUUCCUAAACAAGCUGCAGCUCUAUCACACCAAUCUGGCAAACAUUUCCUCAGAUCUAUUGGUCUCCAUAUCCCACUUGGACACGUUGGAUCUCACAGGGAACAAGCUCGUUAAAUUGCCUGCGAAUGUGUUCAGUAACAGCUCGCUUCGCAACCUGGUGGUAAAAAAUAACCAGCUGCUGGAAGCCGACCCAGCAUGGUUUUCUGGCAACAGCAGCCUUCUCUAUCUGGAUUUGUCCGGUAACCAUCUGACCAGCAUCUCAGCCGCUCUGCUUCACAAACUCCCCCUUCUGCAGACCCUGGAUCUGGACGGUAACAGUCUUCAAGAGUUACACGCCGAUGUGUUCAGGAACCUGCAUCACCUGGAGACGUUAAAUCUGGCUGGGAACAAAUUAAGAACCCUAAAACCGCAAUUAUUUUCUCAUAAUUUAAAUCUAAAAUACCUGUACCUGCAGGAGAAUCAGCUUCAGGAUCUACCAGGGAACCUCCUACACAGACUUCAAAACCUUGAGCUUCUGCUGCUGAAUCAGAAUCGGCUUCGCCACCUUCCCACAGGCCUGCUGGAUGGGGUUAAUCCCUCUGUGCAGAUAAUCCUGACAGGGAACCCCUGGGAGUGUGAUGGGAAGAUGGAGUACUUGUGGAGGUGGCUCACCAACCAUCGGCAAAAUGUUCUCUUUGAGACAGAGGUGACGUGUGAUAACCCAAACACACUAAAAAAUCAGCAAAUUUCAUCUCUAACUCACAGCCAGCUUGGUGUAAGAUUACAAUGAAUGGUGCAGUGAGAAAAUGCAGAAACGUAAAUAUUUUACUUUUGUUCCCGUUUUGGUUGCAUGUCAAGUAAACAAAUAAUGAUAAACAUUGCGGUGUUCUCCUGCGGUGUUUUCUUAAUUUCUAAUAUUUUCAAAUUCUCUAAAGUCCUUGAAGUGCAUGCCAUGAAUCAAUUUACAAUGCUUUUUCAAACAGACUGUUUCACGUUUUGUUAUGCUACAACCAAAACCGUCAGUGUAUUUUAUUUGUCUACUGGAUUCCAUGCAGUAGACAAAAGUGCUAAUCGUCAUUGUGUAGUGAAGGUCGUCUCCCCUGAGUCUGUAGAAAGAUUUUCCACCGGAGUUGCUGCCACAAGUCUUUGGUGAUGUGUCUCGAUCAGAGUUGCAUGUCUAGAGACUAAAGUGGUUCCACAUCCUUUGCAAAACUGUUCAGUCCUAGUUUGACUAGAAACCGUGUCUGUGAACAAUUUUCAAGUGUCGGCACAAAUGAUCAAUUAAAUAUCUGAUAAUAUUUUUCAAAAUAUAUAAGUCCUUGAGGCUUACAUAAAACUAAACUAUGCAAGGUCAUUGACUUUUACUUCAAAAGGGAAUUAGUCACACUGAACUUCAUUGAGUGCUUCCAUUGUAAAAAUGAAAAUCUUUCUACUUUUUUUCAAUUUUAAUAGCAAAUAUUUUCAGAAAUCACAUAUCUGUUGCCUUCCAUUUACAGAAUUGAUCUGGUUGUAAAACAAAGUACAAAAAUUUUCCAUUUAUUCUAUGCCUGCUAAAAUAAUUGCAGUGUUCAAACACAGGAACUAAAAAUACUGGACAGAAACAGACAGCUGCAGUCAAAUCCCACGUUUUUAUGGGUGAAGAAUUGUGUGAAAUUGAAGGAUUUUCUCUUGUAAGAUUCAUGCAGAGCAGCCUUGCAACAAAUCUGUCUCAAUCGGCUGCAUCACAGAUUGCUACAUUGUUUCAGUGAUGCCCUUUUGUUUGUAAUGAUGUUCAGUGCGUGGGCAUGGGUGUGUGGGCAAUAAAAAUGGCUGAGUCUUGAAACUGA